AUGAGGAAUUCCUCCCAGCGGAUCACCCUCAAUGUCGCCCGUCUUUUCCACACCUCAGUCGUCGGGCCACGGCUGAGACCUCAACGAUCAUUUCAUAUCACAUCUCUGGCCAACUUUCCAAGAAAGCGAAGCUUCUUCACUUCGAAUCCCUACUUCUCGCAAGCCGAUGACGAUCACCGCCCAUCCUCCGAGAUUACUAAAGAAGAGAAAGGUUCCUCUGCGGCAAAGAGGAAACCUACCCGAUCAAACACGGCCAAGAAUUCUCUGCGGCGCGUAGCCAUUAUAGCUCAACAGCCGAAACGGGGUUCAACAACGCCAGGAAGUUCAAGCGAUGAACCCUCCAAUGUGGUCAGCGCAACUUGCGUUGCAGAAUCAUUCAAGAUGCCCAUAGUUCUUGAGAUUCUGUCGUCACAUGGUUUUCACAUAGACCCAGACGGCACAGGCUUCGAUGCAAACGAAGUAGUUCAUGCAAGAGGAGUUAAUGGCGGGGAUAUCUUCGUCUUUCCCUCUGGUACAAUUGUGACGUGGUCACUACCACCAGAUGUCGUUACUAGGCAGAUUAUGCGCGCUGCUGAAGAAGCUCAUCCCAUCAAGUGUCGGGAAUUUGAAGAUCUUGAAUUUACAACUGACACAAACCGAGAAGCAAGCGUGCUCAAGGGCGAUGUUAUUGUUCUUGGUACACGAAAGGAGCACAAUGAGGCUGACAAGCUGGAUACUACCCUAGCCAAGGUUGCUUUCUCCUCUGGUCUUGCCAGGAGUACAAAACUUGCUGUCCUUGAGACCGCAUUGACGUCGUACUUUGAAAGCACACGCAAUAUCCCUGCCCUCCUCUCUCAAGGCGCCGGCAUACCUCUAGGUCGUCGCUUUAUCCUCCAAAAGACAGGCGAGCUCCUCAGUCUUCGCGCUCGCCUUAACCACUAUUCUGAGUUGACCGAUUCUUUGCCUGAUAUUUUCUGGGAUACUAGCUCCGAUCUAGGUCUCGAAGGGUACUAUGAGCAAGUCGGUCGUGCCCUGGACGUCAACGUACGUAUCCGAGCUUUGAACCAGAAGAUGGACUACGCCGCCGAAAUUGCCAGUGUCCUGCGCGAAAUGUCGAGCGAACAGCAUGGCACGCGUCUGGAGUUGAUUAUCAUUCUGCUUAUUGCUGUUGAAGUCGUCUUUGAGUUACGUCGUAUCGUCCUGGAGAUGAUGCAGGAGCGCGAGAUGGCUGCUGAUCUGCCAAAGCCUGCAACACCGGUGGUGUAG